AUGUCAUGUGGCAAGCUUCCACAACUCUUGUAUGUGAAUAUAAAAGAUGCACCUCGGCUUGGGCAAGUGUUUGGAUGGAAGCAGGGAGAGAGACAGAAGCUGAUCUUGGAGAAUGUGCUUCCUAAACUAAUUGCAAUAAGACUAGUAGAACUGCCAACUCUUCAUACUAUCUGUCAAGGGAUUGAUUUUCAGACUGUUAAAAUCCGUCAUGUGCGUCGAUGUCCUCCUGCUAUUUCUUUAACUUCAACUUAUGGUGGUAGCUACCAUGAACUGGCUCAAUUACUAUCUCACACACUGUGGGAUGACGGCUUGCGUCGCAGCAAUAUUUUGCUCUGGGUUUAUGAGGAUGGACGGGAAUCCGAGCUUGGAGAGGCACCAAAAUCGCCAGAGGAUGAAUGGGAAUCCGAGGGUGCAGAGUCAUCCGAGGUUAUUGAAGAAGACUCCAUAGUUUCACCAAAAUCGCCAGAGAUCAGAGAAGAGGGAUCAUCACAAGAAGGCAUAAAAAAAGACUCAACAAUACCCCAACAGAAUAAUGGCUCAGCAAAUUUUGAAAAUGAUACCAUUGCAUCAACAAGUGGAAUUGUCGAAGAAAAACUCUCAACAACUCCGUCAUCUAGUUCAGACAUGAACCUCAAAGCAACUUUUGGAGAAGGUCCUUCAUUUGAGAAGUAUGACAAAGAAAGUUCAUCAGCUUCUUCAAAGCCGAAAACUGAAGAACCUUACACAUUAACUCCUUCUGAAGAGUUAUGUGGAAAGGAACCAAUGGGUGAUCAACAAGCACCUGGAGAAAAUAAAAUCUCUAACGAACCUCCUCAAAGAGUUAAAGAACCUAUCAAAGAAUUUUCCUCCAAAGAAACAUCAAAUGAAAUGGUCUCUUCAAUCCCAUCUCCCAAAAAGCCUCAAAUAGCAACUUCAGCAUCUCACGUGGAAAUGGAGUCAGGGAUCUCUGCUAUUACCGAUCACACUGCACAAGAUAAAAUCAUGGACAAACCAGAGACCUCCGCUGGGAAACCAAUUAAGUUUGACCAAGGAAACCAGAAGCAAUUUGCAGAAGAUGAUCUGAUGAGAUUGUUCCGAAUAAUGGACGAAGGUGCUGAAAUGGAAGUUCACAUACCUGAUGUAUCCAAAAUUGCAGCUCUUCGAGAUGAUAACGAGUUGAAGAAGGCUCUCACUGACUUGGAAGCCUCAUUGAGGAUGAGUCUGAGUGAAAUAACUUGCUCCGAAGAGAGCAAACUUCGCCUUGAGAAUGCUCUCAACAUCUUAUCCUCCCAUUGUUCUGAAGAAGGAGCUCCCUCUCAUGGCCUUCAAGCUACAAUUCACUCUCUGCAACAAGAAAUCCAGACUGUUCUAUCUUCCUCCAAGCAAGCCUAUGCCUCUAUUGACACAUUCAACGAGCUUGAACGAAAAGAGAAGCUUAUCACUGAAGAAGCUUCAAAGAGAAAGGAAGCAGCCACAACUCUUCUGUCUAAAAUUCACAAUAAAGAGAGUUCUUUGGCCGAGGCUCAGCAAAAAGAAGCAGAGUUGAAGGAGAAAAUCUCUAAGAUUCAGGCUGAAGUGUAUAGGAAGGAAAAAGAAAUCCAAGAGUGUGAGAUUGAACUGUUAUCUCUCAAAAAACAAAAGAAGAAGAGUGUUUUUGAGACAAUGGGGCUGAUAAACCAGUUCGACGCAGUGAAGAGAGACAGAUGGCUGCAAAAACUGAAAAGGUUGGAGGUAUUAGACUGUGAAGAGCUGGCGAGCAUUAUUGAGGAUGAAGAGGAUCAGAAAAAUCCUAUGCCUCUGCCUCAAAAUGUGAAAAUCCGUCAUGCGCGCGAAUGUCCUAACAUUUCUUUAACUUCAGCUAAUGAUAGCUAUGAUGAAUUGCGUGGAUUUUCAUGGCUAUUUCAAAUACACUCUCAAGAUGAAGAAGAAUACUAUGCAGAAAUUUUGAACUGGGCUUUUGAGAUCUCUUCAAUCUCUUCUCCCAAAAAGCCUCAAAUAGAAACUUCAGCUCCUCACAUGGAAGUGGAAACCAAGAACUCGCAAUCAGACCCAUUACUUGCUUCUACUAUUACUGAUCAAUCUGCAAAAGGUCAAAUUACAGUCAAUCAAAGAGGGAGCUCCGUUGACAAUGAUCUUAAUAGAUUAUUACAAAUAAUGAAGGGUGGUUUUGAGUUGGAAGUUGGCCAGCCUUAUAUUUCCAAAUUUGCUGCUUUUGAAGAUGACGAAGUGGCUAAGGCCUUUGAUGAUUUAGAAUCCUCAUUGAAAAUGGAUCUCAAUCAGAUAGCUAACUCUAAAGAACCUACUCAUUGCCUUGAGAAUGCACUCAACUUCUUGUCCAUCCAUUUUUCUAAAGAUGAAACUUCCUCUCACGGCCUUAUUAGAGGCAAAAUAGACUCUCUUCGAGAAGAAAUCCUAAAAUUUAUCUCAUCCUUCAAGCAAGCUAAUGAUAAGCUUGACAGAUUCACCAAGCUUCUAGAAAAAGAGAAGUGGGUCGAUGAAGAAUAUGCUCAAAAGAUGGAGGUAGCUAAUACUAUUGUGUCUGAAAUCCGCAAUACUGAGAAUUAUAUGAUUGAAUUGGAGGGACAGGUCUCUAGAUUGCAGGCUGAAUUGAAAAGCAACAAAGAAAAAGAAUUAGAAGACUGUGAAAUCAAGUUGUCUUCUCUUCAAAAGCAAAAGAAGGAAUGUGUUUUGGACGUCAUAAGGUUCAUGGGAGAGUACGAGGCUGUGAAGAAAGACAAGUCCCAUAUGGUGGGCAGCCAAAUAAGAGUAAGCCAAGAAUUAAAAGAGUUGGAAAAUCAAUGGCCUUGUUGUCUGGUUGAUUCGAGGAAAACUGCACUUUUGUUGGGAAUCCUUCUUCAACAGUAG